AUGGCGGACGUGAUCAAGGUCUCGUACGCCGGACGCAUCGCCACCAUCACCAUCGACAACGACAAGAAGCUUAACGCCCUGGACAUGGAAGGUUACUAUGACCUCUCCAAGGCCCUGCGUGAGGUCGCGUUGCGCAACGACAUAUACAUCACCGUCCUGACCGGAAAGGGGCGGUACUUUUCGGCCGGCGCCGACGUAUCAUCCCUCAGCCGCCAAACGCCCGAAACCCCCGAGGGGCAGCCCCCAGACGUGUACCUACAAUACCUCCGCAGCUUCGUAUCCAACAACCUCAACGUGACGCAGGCGUUCUACACGCACCCCAAGAUCCUAGUAGCGGCUCUCAACGGGCCAGCAGUGGGCCUCUCAGCCGCGCUGACGGCCUUCGCCGACUUCGUGUACGCCGCACCACACGCAUUUCUACUAACGCCCUUCUCGUCGCUGGGGCUCGUGGCCGAGGGCGGAGCCUCGCGCGCGCUUGUGCAGCGCCUAGGCAUCAGCAAGGCCAACGAGGCGCUGAUCCAGAGCCGGCGCAUCGGCUGCGACGACCUGGUGCGCGUCGGCUUUGUGAACAAGGUCUUUGAAGUACCCAAGGGCGACAGCGACGGCUUCAUGCGGGCCGUGUACCGCGAGAUCGACGACACCAUGGGCGACCAUCUGGUCGGCGACAGCCUGACGGCCAUCAAGGCGCUGAUCCGCCGGCCCGAGCGCGAGGUCCUGGAUCGGCAGAAUGUGGCCGAGGUGUUUGCGGGGCUGGACCGCUUCGUCACGGGCGUUCCGCAGCAGGAGUUUGUCAAGAUCGCGACGGGCAAGAAGAGGCAUAAGUUGUGA